UCGUUUUGCCGCGUCUGCACGAGCGAAUUUGAUCUCCGGCUACCGUCUUAUCUCGGUACGCAUUCCGAUUGCCGCUGAGAGCUAUUCUCAGUGUGCAAUUCGACUUGUCAGUGGUGAGUUGAAGUGAAAGUGAAUAAUAAAAAAAAAAAAAAAAAAAGGAAAUAAGAAAUGUAUGCCACCGAUGAGCACAUCCAGGGCUUCUCGUCCUGGAUGCAAUUCGUCAUCCACCGCGGCGGAUCCAGGUCAAUUCUGCAAAUGGGCGUGCUGGUUGGGAGUUUGGUCGGAUUUAUAAAUCCGACCAACGCCAUCGAGGCAAUUGACAUCGUGUGGUCGUUGGCUGCGGGGCAUCUUCCCCCAGAGUUAACUCGUGCUCGGUGGUUUUUCGAAGGUGCCCUGGAGUCCACGGGGCCGUUCGAGGUCGUCAUGGCCCCCAACCAUGAGGAGAUCGAGAUACUGUCGGUCUGCCUCAUGGAGACGGCGGAGAGCUUAUUACGUGACUGGACGCGGGAACUACUGAGACUCCAAUAGGGUUCGACGGACGGCGGACAAGAGGAGGCGGAGGAAGAAGAGGAAUGGAAAAAAAAAAAAAAACCCAACAAAACACAAAAAAAUUCCAAAGAUGAC